AGAACUUGAAAACUGCUUAACUUCUAUGCAAGCAUUAAGUAACUAAGAAUGUGUAUCUCAUCCUAUAUGUUAAUACUCUCUCUCUCUCUCUUUUCUCAAGGUUUUCUACUCUCAGUUUCAAAAUCUCUGCAAAAGGUUGAAGAUGAAGAUAUGUUGCUAACCACAUUCAGUCUAGGAAAAACUCUUCAAAAUGGAGAUAGAGCUGGAAAGAGAGGAGCUAUACCUUUGCUGAAGCAUUAUAAGGCCGAAGAAAGCUUUUUGGAUGAAGAGGAUGACAGAAACCCAAAGUUUUUUGGCACAGGUUCCAGAGAUGAUUUCUUAAAUCAUGCUAUGCCAAUCAACGUGGGCAGAAAGCAACUACCUUAUCUUGCACUGAAGGGAGCCAUGGCUUUUCCAGCUGACACUGAAAUUCAGAAUAUUGAAUCAAUACAGGAAAGAGAGACUGCAGAUGAAGAAAAUUCUGCUAAAUUCCCUAUAGGAAGGAGAGAUUUUGACAGAAAGAGUUCCAGUUCCCCAUCUGAUAUACACAGAACUAACUGGAGCAAAGAAGAGGAAAAGUUUAUUCAUACUUCAAUUAGAAUUUAUAUAAAUAGGCCAAGACAUAAAAUGCUGAUCUAAUGUGUGUGGAUUAGUUACUGAAACACUGUGCCAUAGCUUACACCGUUUUACACCAGGAUAUGAUAUAGCAAAAAAAAUUAUGUUGUGAGUUUUUUCUUGUUAAAAUCUUGAAUAUAUUUACAAAAUGUUGAAUCUACUUUUUUUGGUGCUAUUUCAUAAAUAUCUUAAAGUGUACUACAGAAAGCCCUAACUG